AUACCCGUUUGGUGAAGUGAUGUGUAAGCUGACUCCACUGGUACAAGGGAUCUCUGUCGCCGCGUCUGUCUUCACCUUACUCGCUAUUGCAUAUGACAGAUACAAGGCGAUCGUGUUCCCGACAGAGACCAGGAUGUCGCUCAGGACCAUGAAGAAGCUGCUGGUUGCCGUCUGGUUCUUCGCAGUCGUCAUCAUGAUUCCACAAGUCUUCAACAUCCACCUGUUGCGUUAUCACAACGGUCCCUAUCAGCACGACUUCUGCUUGGAGAUCUGGCCAGACAGACUGUUUCAUAAGAUCUAUACGGCCCUGUUGAUGAGUCUUGUGUACAUCGGCCCCCUUGUGUUUGUGUCGUAUCUGUAUGGCCGUGUUGUUCACCGCAUAUGGUACAGACCAAACCCCAGUAAUGACCACGCUGUGGCCACAGGCCCCAACCACCGGGUACGCCAGGAAGAGUUUGUUGGAGCAGUCCCAAAGCGAAGAGUUCGCGUGAUCAAAAUGUUGAUCUUAGUCGUUGUCCUGUUCACGUUGUCGUGGCUCCCUCUGUACACUCUCUGGAUCUUGCACGACUUCGUAGACCUGCCCGAGAGCGUCCGAAAAUUCAUUGAUAGUUAUAUCUUCCCGGCUGCUCACUGGUUGGCGUAUUCUAACGGCUGCGUGAAUCCACUGGUGUAUGGGUUCUAUAACUCUAACAUCCGACAGAAAAUAUUGUCCAUAUUCUCCCGUGACAACAAGAAAGACUGUGUCAUGAAAAUGAAAAAGGAACCAGAUGAAGCCCAACCAAUGUCUGAACGAAAGCGAGAAAGAAGGAUGAGCAAUAGAAGAGUCACCAUCGUCCAUGAAACAGCCCUAUAAAUACAAAGACGAUGGCGACUUUUUUCUCUCUUCUGAUUGAUCAAAUGCACACAUGCAUGCACACACGAGCAUGCAUGGAAGCACACACACAUACAUGGAGA